UCGGUUCUACUGCAAGUAGUGCGGCAACGCGCGCGCGACAUUCGCACUGUUUGUGUGCGCUCAUAUACCAUCCCCCGGACGGACGCUAUAGUGUGUUUGAAAUGAUUAGUUAGGUGUUGGUGUUUUAUCGCUGUGAAGUUUUGUGCCCUGACCGACCAACGUGAAUGUAUCCCACUGUACUAGCAACAAGUUAAGCGCGACAUAGUAGAGAAAAGAAGAUAUAAUAAUAUUGUGAUAAGAAAAGAAGAAAGUGUGUAUUAAGUAGAAGCAGAAGAAGAAGAAGAAGAAGAAGAGGUGUUCGGAACGUCCGCAUUGCCUCUGUACCAGUUCUACCUCACCUUCCUACCAGUACCAAUACAGUGCAAUCCGGAUGUCGUUGGGCGAGCGGCGUAGAAGUACUUAAACACGCUCACUAAGUGAUCAACAAGCGCGCGAUGGCUGCCUCAGUCUACGCCACGCCGCCGCCGGAACUGAGCGGCGAGGAAGCGGUGCUGAGCGAUGCCUCGAACUCAUCGCAAACCAACAGCUCCCACAGCUCCACGCUGAAAGCGUCCAAGCGUACGCUCUCGUCCUCGUUCCUGAACGCGGCCACUACGCAAAGCAGCACGCUGACCACCACCUCCCAGCUCAGCUCGGACUCGCUGCCCGAUCUGUCCAAGAAGCGCCGCAAGCAGUCGAUGCCGAUCCGGUUCUCCUCCAACGGUGCGGCCAUCGAGGUGCCACCGGCGGCCGACACGACGAUAGUCGAUGUGGACGAACGGUCCGCCGAUGAAGCGCGGCCCGCUCCGGAAGAGGAGCAGCAGCAUCGAGCAACGGGGGAAGCGAACGGGUCGCCGAAUCCCGCCAGCCCCGCAAUGGAAACCGGCGACGACGAGGAGGAAGCCGCCCUGCUCGAGGAGCAGCAGAACAACUUCCAGAAGAUAUUCCUCUCGAACCUGAGUCAAUUACAGCAGAAGCACCUGCAGCUGCAGCAGCAACAUCAGCAGCAGAACAGCGAAGGGUUUCUCGGGCUAGCCAGUGCCGGUGCAACGCUGCCGGAGAGCUUCCUCACCUCCAAGCUGAACAGUUUCAUCGCGCUGAGCGGCGUGCGGGCAGCGGCGGAUCGUGAAUCGAGCUCGCUGGCGCGAAGUGAGGACGAGGAGCACGACGAUGGCGCGGAAGAGCGGGCCCAAUCGCUUGCCGAAGAAGAACCGAGAAGCCGCGAGCAGUCGCCUGUUAGAAAAAGCGCCUCUGCCAGUGAGGAUGAUGGCCAGCGGCGCCAGGACGGUGAGCGCGAAGGUGGUAAUGGCCAUCCAUCAUCACACGCGCAACCGAGGCACGAUUCACCGACGGCCGACGAUGGGGAGGGAAAACGGCAACCGGAACAGCACGCCACGGCAGCAAGCCCACCGAAGAUCUCGCUCAAGAAGGAGCUGCUGAUGGACCCGGAAUGGGACGGGGAAAUUCGGAGCAGUCUGCCGAAGGCGGACGACUGGAUCUCGAUAGCGGGGCUGUCCUUUCCGUUCCCACCGGAGGCGGCCGCCGCCCUGUCCGCCUCGGGCUAUCUGCCGCAGCUGCCCCUGCUGGGCGUGCCGUCAGUUUCGGCGUUCGGGCCGGCCGGCGAGGGCAGCGGGGCCGGGCGCGGACCAGGCGUCCCACCGCUGCGCAUCUUCAACCCGGAAGCUUACUGCGACCUGUGCAACAAGGAGUUCUGCAACAAGUACUUCCUGAAGACGCACAAGGCGAACAAGCACGGCAUCUACGAGCCGGCCGCGAGCAACGGCAGCGCGGACGCGAGCAGCUCCGCCCUGUCCGCCAUGAGCAACCCGUUCAAUCCGAUUCACCAGCUGUCGCAGGUGUUCCAGCUGCAGCAACACCCGGGCCCGAUGGCGGGCGAACCGAUGGAGAAGCAGCUGCCGGCGCUGGCGCUCGAGACGGAACGUAUGGCGCCCCAGUCGAUGCUGCAGGGGGGACAUGUCCAAUCCCUAGCAGCUGGUCAACAGCAGCAGCAACAGCAGCAGCAAAGUCAGCAAAGUGCGGGCAAACCGAUGCCACCAUUACCAGCCCGCUCGGCUCACUCGCCAAAGGUCGCCGGGGGAACGCCCAACCCAAUACAGCCCACCGUGUUUUGUGACAUUUGUUUCAAAAAGUUCAGCAGUCUCAGCGCCAUGCGCAAACAUCGCAGCAAGGCGCACGAGCUGUCGAGCAGCAGUAAUCAUCAGCUGCAACAGCAGCAACAGCAGCAGCAGCAGCAGCAACUUCAUCAGCAACAACAGCUACAGCAGCAGCUUCAGCAUCAUCUGCAGCAACAAUACCACCAGCAGCUGCAAAACCAACAGCAGCAGCAGCAGCAACAGGCCGCCAAACACGCCAGCUCCCGGCAGGACGCGCCGGACGCGGGCGGUGUCGACUCCACCGCGAGCAUCACGCCCGGUGCGCUGCAGCUUCCCGAUGGGUUCCGCGAGGACUACACGAUCGAGCAGGAGGACGCCACGUUCACGCCGCAGCCCCGCAAGCUGUCGCCCCAUUCGAUGCAGGCCGCCAAGGAGGCGAACUUCUCCGCGGACAAGCUGCGCCGCCUCGGCGUCGUCAACCCGGAAGCGUUUUGCGAAAUCUGCUGCAAGGAGUACUGCAACAAGUACUUCCUGCGCACGCACAAGCUGAAGCGCCACGGCAUCCUGCCCACGCCGGACGAGCUGAAGGACGAGGCGCGCCAACCGUGGGCCCCGUUCCUGCAGACCAGCCCGCUCAACCUGAUCAUGGGCGGUACGGCGGCGGAUGUGGUCGGUGCGCAGAUGGCGCUGCAGGCCGCGUCCCCUUCCUCACUGCGGAAGCUGAUGGCGGCUGGUGGCGGUGAGCUGACCGGGGCGGGCAAUGGCAGCAGCAGCAGCGCCGGCUCGAUCGCGAUCGAAGGUGCCAAGGGGGUGGAGAUUAAGCGCGAGCAGUCCCCGUCGGCGAAGCUGGACAAUGGCGGCGGUGAGUCGGACGAUCAGCAGCAGUCGCAGGACGGCGCACCGGGCAACGGGAGCGGUGCCGAGGGGGCCAAGGACGGCAGCGACGAGGAUGCGGAAGCGAUCAGCGUCGACCUGCAGAAGCUACAGUCCAUGAUCAUGCAGCUGAACGAUCUGAACAGCAUGCAGCAGCAGCAGCAGCGGAAGGUGGGCUGCGGCGUGUGCGGCAAGGAGCUGGCCAAUCAGUACCUGCUGCACGCCCACAUGAUCCAGGAGCACGGGGCGCUCGCGCUGGACAACAACAACGGCCCGAAGGGGUCGCGAGUGCCCACGCCGAACGCCGACGCGCUCGAGACGUGCAAGCAGUGCGACAAGGAGUUCGCGAACGUGUACAUGCUGAAGCAGCACCUGGUGGAGGUGCACGGCGGCGGGCUGCCGGGUAUGGCGAGUCCGAAGCGCGAGGGUUUCGUCACGCCGGAGCGUCCAACGACGGGACCGCUGGCGGGUGGUGCUGGAACCGGUGGUUCGGCCGGUGGCAACGUCCCGAUGCCACCGGGCGCUCCCGCGUACGCCGACCGCAAGCCCAGCUUCUCGAUGACGCCCACCAGCAGCUACUGCGAGAUUUGCAACAAGGAGCUGUGCAACAAGUACUUCAUGAAGACGCACAUGCAGCGCAUGCACGGCAUCGAGAUCGAGAACGGGGCCCAGAUCGGGGGCGUCGUGUGCAACAUCUGCAACAAGGAGCUGUGCAGCAAGUACUUCCUGCGCGUGCACAAGCACAACACGCACGGCAUCGUGGAGGAGGGCGCACCGCUGCCGCAGCCGCGCCAGAACGGUGCGGCCGCGCUGGCCGGCGAGCUGGGCGCGGAGUCAACCGACGGCGGGUUCCCCGGCGGACCGGCCGACCUGAAGCCGGGCGAGGUCAGCGACCUGAGCAACCGGUACUACUCGCACUUUACCGAGGUGUGCCCGCUGUGCAGCCGGCGCUUCCGCAGUGCCAAGUGGCUGCGGGCGCAUCUGCUCAGCGACCACGGCAAGGCGGGCGUGGAGAAGCUGAAGGAGCUGGAGCAGAAGCUCGGCGCCCAGAACGGGGGCGCGUUGAUGGGGAAUGGGCCGGGUAGCGCCGGCAGUGGCAAUAGCCGCAGCAAAUCGAACAGCCCGUCGCUGAAGGUACCGAACGGGGCGGCGGCGGCGGCAAACAGCGAUGGCGGCAAGUAUGGGCCAAAGUCGCCGUUCGGUGGACUGAGCCCGGCCGAGGCCGCCAAGUUCCUGCCGAAGGGGGCCGGCAGCAUUCCGGCACUGUUCGGGCCGGACCAGCAACAGCCAGGCUCGCCGAUGGGCGGCCUGAAGGGGUACCAGUGUUCGUACUGCUCGUUCGCGACGCCACUGCUGCCGUUGCUGUUCAUCCACGAACGGUCGCACUCCAGCUUGAGCAUCGUACAGCAGCAGCUUCUUCAGCAACAGCAGCAGCAGCAGCAGCAGCACCAUCAACAGCAAGAGGAAGCGCAAGCGGUGGCGGCAGCGGCUGCGGCGGCGGCGGCUGCAGCGGCCGCUGCCCUCGGAGCGGCACCGUUCGCACCGCUGCUCAAGUCCGAAUCGGCCGUCUCGCUGGCGAAGGACCAGCCGGCCAGCCAGCUCAUGCCCGGCACCUCGUCCGAGACGCCCUCGUCGACGCCGGCCUCCACACCGAUACCAUCGCUGUCGCAGGAAGCGCUCAACCUACACCAGCAGCCGGCCCGACGCUCCCAAAGCCCCGAGCGGGCCGGAUCGCCCCGCCCCGAGCCGGACGCACCGCCGAAGCCAGCGUCGCCCAAGCCCGCCUCCUCGCCGUCGGCGCGCGGUGAGCCGGCCGCGAUGCUCUCCGAGGUGGCCAACCUGACCCAGCGCCCGGCCGUGUACGCGCUGCCCCAGCAGAGCGGCCCGCUCAUGAUGCAGUCGUUCCUGAUCGAGGAGUCGGCAGCAGGUGCCGGCGGGGGCCCCCGGUCGCCCCGGGAUGCCGCCGACAAGGCGGACGGGUCGUCGCCGCUCGCCCCGGAUCACAGGUUCGUACCAGCCGUUGUUUUCCUACCCGUUAAAGAGCGUAUCCUCUCGCCGAUGACAAUAUCGUUCAAUCUGAGCCCGGCCUAAACCGAGCCGGGAGUGGGAACCGGGUGUGAACGCUCGGACCGUUCCCUUCCUCUCUAGUCUCUAGUCAUCCAAAUUACCCGACCGGCUGAACCGAGUGCUGACCGGGCAAAAUCAACCUUGUAUCGCAAAGAAAAUCCGCAAAUACGUACGUAAAACUUAUCCUUUCGAAGAAGAAAACAAAAAUCCAAAUCCACGACCUAGAUCUAUCGCAAGAAGAAGAAGAAGAAGAAAGUAUAAUAAUAUGUGAAGCUAGUGAAUGUAAAACCCCUAACCUUUAAAGUAGAACUAAUCGCCGGGAGCGAAAGCAUAAGUUCUUGGUUUGCCGACAGCAAACCAAGCAUACGGCUAUGGCCUGUCUGUUUCGACGCUGUCAGACACUUGUAGAGAAAUUCACACAAGACAGAAGGGCUUUAAUCGUAAUCGUUGCAACAAGUAUCACCAUCCAAAACGCGUUUGGAUGCAAAAUUAAGGCCAUACACACGCAGCAAAACUAAGCAAAACUUCCUUCAUAUGUGUAGUGCGUGCAGGCAUUGGUGGUAAAGCUGCCACCUUACAUGCAGGAUUGAAGCGCAAGACUGAACCAAAGAGAGAGUUACCUAUAAAAAAACGCUAACAAACACAAACAAACCAGCAAGGUCAUUAUAAAGUCUCUGUGCCAUGUCCCCGCUGUCACACUGUGUGGAAGGAUGAUUGUUUUAACCGAAUCAGUAAACUGUCAAGCUUUUUAUCAAAUUGCUCCCACACAGCCCAAGCAAAGCGAAGUAGCGACCGAAAAAAAGCGAUCGAAACAAAACAAAAACAAUGAAUGUUUGUCUCGACUAAUCUUUCAAAUGAUAUGGCAAAUUAAUCAAAAUAACAACAAAAUAGAGCGUGUAAUGCAUCUGCCCGUGGGUAAGAGGCGGAUGAAAAUAAGAGUGGGUCCACGGGUGCGCCUUUGUGCAGGAGAUUCAUUUAGCGGCGUGGCAGGAAGGAGGCAGAGAAGGCUAACUUCUUCGUGAUGUUCUAACAAAGUUCCUAUUAUGAGUAAAACUGAAACAAACUGACAACUGAACUUGUUGUAUCUCUUCGGGUAUGAUAGAUUUUUUUAGAGAAAAAGUCUUACGCGUCGUUGAAAGAAGGAUAGAGACGGCAGAACCUAAAUUGUGCUUUGCGGCCAUUUUCGCGUGAUAGGAGAUGCGCAAAUAAAUCCGCAAACAUAAACCAGACGAACAAACAAACAAACUCGAUAAGUGUGUAGCGCUAAAAUAUCAUUUUUUGUGAACGCCAUAGUAGGGAUUGUUGAUAAUUUAUGCAACCGAUUGUACCAUUGAGCGCAGAGAAGAAGUGUUUGUUUGAAAUGGUUUAAAAGCGCUGCAUCGUUUCUGAUUGUUUGCAUCUUUAGGUUAUGUGUAGUGUAGUGAAACAAGAACGUAACAAACAAACAAAAACCCAGACAGAAUGUAUAUUUAUGCAAACACAGACAAACACAAAUCAGGGAUGAUGAUGUAUAGGGGAAACAUUCCAAAACAUGAAUUACCAUUUACUCAGGGUAUUCGAUGGUACAACCGAUGGCAGACCGGAAGAGAGUGCAACAAAUAUUAGGCUAAACGUAACUGCGAGCUACCGAGGGCAAGGGCGUGUGGCGGCACGCAACUAUUCAGGGAUGAUAAAAGGUAGUGCACCUACCAUUUAGAACGUAGACAAAGUACACGUCGCCGCAAAGCGCAGAAAUACUUAUCCAAACUCACACCAAACACCGAAAGUUACCAGAAGGCGCCGUAGAUCCUGUAAGUACAAGAGAUUCUAUUUAAACGAAGAUAACAAAAAUAAACCCCGCAAAGCAAGGCAACACAAAGUACAGUGGGUAACAGGGCCGGGAGA